AUGCCCAAAGAACCCGUCAUCAAAGUCCGAGGCGUCAAGAAGAUCUUCGGCGAGCAGGUCGUCCUCGACGGCAUCAACCUCGACGUCUACGAAGGCGAGACCAUGGUCGUCAUGGGCGGAUCCGGCUCCGGAAAGUCCACCCUCCUGCGCAUCAUGAUCGGAUCCAUCCGGCCCGAGGAGGGCUCCGUCGAGCUCUUCGGCAAGAACAUCGUCGACCUCGAUGAGAGCGAGCUCAACGAGGUCCGCAAGAAGUUCGGCAUCCUCUUCCAGUCCGGCGCCCUCUUCAAUUCCAUGACCAUCGCCGAGAACGUCGCCCUCCCCCUCCAGGAGCACACCGACCUCGCGCCCGAGAUCAUCGACAUCCAGGUCAAGAUCAAGCUCGAGCUCGUCGGCCUCCGCGAGCACGCCGACAAGUACCCCGCCCAGAUCUCCGGCGGCAUGAACGCCGAGAUCGAUCAGCUCAUGGUCGACCUCUCCAAAAAGCUCCACGUCACCUCCAUCGUCGUCACCCACGAGAUGGACUCCGCCUUCACCAUCGCCGACCGCAUGGCCAUGCUCGACAAGGGCAAGAUGCUCGUCGUCGAGUCGCGCGAGUACUUCGAGCAGAUGCGCGACACGCCCCUCGAGCAGGCGAAGCAGAUGAGCCAGACCGACCAGCUCAUCCGACAGUUCCUCCGCGGGGACCCCGAGGGGCCCAUCACCAAACGCAAGGAAGACUCCAGCUACGAAGAGGACCUCCUCGGAACCGGAGCGGAAACCCUCCGCGAGAAGACGCCCUCCAUCGUCACCACGCGCGCCAAAGCCAUCCAGUAG